CGAUAAUGAACGCACGAUAGUCUUAAUCACAUAAAAGUUGUGAAUUCGUAUGUUCAUGUUUCGGUCACACUGGUAGUGAGUGAAAACAAGUGACAGUCUUUUGUUUUUCACAUUUUGUUUUUGUAUAUAUUUUGGAAAAAAAUACAUAAAAGUGUAAUUAAAAUCGUGUACAUAGAAAUGAUUUAAACCCCGUUUUGCAACUUGAAAAAUCACGCAUUAUAUCAAAUGGAUCGGUUUUAAAUUAUUCAACAUUGGUUGUAAUGCAAAAGUAUUAGCGAAAAGUAUAAAAAAAAUACGCCUCCCCUUUGUGCUUAAAUUGGUGUGAUCUUAUCUAGGACGAAUUUAAAAAAACAAAAUAUAAGGUUCGAAGGCCAUGCACAAGGAAGAAUUUAUUAAUUCACAAAAUGUUAGCAAAUUAAAUCACACAGAUCAUAAAUCCAAUGGAACUAGAAAUGAAAGUAGACAUAAAACAGUGAGUUUAAUUAACAAGAAAGAUGAUACAGAAUACGAUCUUGUCCCACCUGAUGGUGGUUGGGGUUGGUUAGUGCUACUGGGCUCGUGCUUGACUAACAUUUUAAUCCCUGGCACAAUAAAAAGUUUCGGAGUAUUAUUUUCGGAAUUCACCGAUGCAUUCAACUCUUCACCCACGAAGGCUGCCUGGAUACCAGCUCUGUGCUAUUUUCUUUAUAGUUCAUUGGGCCCGGUUUCAAGCAUUCUAUCUGUGAAGUACUCAUAUCGAACUGUCACCCUUCUUGGUGGGGCAUCGGCUUCACUAGGUAUGAUACUCUCCUUCUGGGCAUCAUCUAUUGAGUUCUUGUAUAUCAGCUAUGGCGUGUUGGUCGGAAUUGGGGCUGGUCUCUCUUUUCCGCCCACAGUUUACAUUGUGACGUCGUACUUUGCGAAACUACGCGGAUUAGCUAAUGGCCUCUGCAUUUCCGGUAGUGCUUUGGGCAGCAUAAUAUUGCCGCCCCUUCUCCGUUGGCUACUAGAGACCUACGGCUAUCACGGCUCCUGCCUAAUUAUGGGUGGCAUUACCUUAAACGUAUUUGUUGCUGCUCUUUUCUAUGAGCCUGUUGAACAACAUAUGGUACGAGUACCUCGUGCUCGCCAGGCGUUGGAAAAUAUUCCAGAAGAGGAAGAUAUUGGAAUUGUAAUGAAGUUCGAAAAUGUUGACGAGCCAGUUCCCAAAAAUGAGCAGGCUGACAAGCCGUUGUUACCGUAUAACUCGCCUCCUUCGCCUCUGUAUUUACCCGGCGAUGAAAGGCUGCAGUUUGUGCGUAGCGCAUCCGCAGCGGUUGUCCAAAGCUACUCAAAGUCUGGAGACGAGUUUCAGUCUCGAUCCCGUAAGAUUAGUACCCCAGUGAGGUUACCCCAGAGAAAUCAGACUUUUACGCCUGGCCAACUAAACUCGCAAUCUUCAUUGUACGCUGUGCCCGAGGGGCGAUCAAGCUCCAACAAACUGACUCUGCGAAAUUCGUCAAAGUCACGGUUAUCCAAGCGAUCGCCUUCAACAAGCAGUUUUUUAUACGUCAGCACACCAUAUCAUGGCAGCACAUUGUCGUUUCAGCCGAAAGAAUUCUCCUCGCAUUUGUCCCUUCGCUCUAUGGGGAGCAGUGGGACGGGACAUGCAGGUGACACAACCGGGCCAGAUUAUGCCGACGUCGAAGCCCGCGGCCAGGCACAACAGCCACAACGAUCGAAGUUUUUUGAUCUAAGCCUUUUAAAGGACCCAAUGUACUUGGUCAUACUUAUUUCGAAUUCGACGAAUGCCAUAAGCUACACGAACUUUAUUAUUUUGCUGCCCAGUUUUGGAGAAGCCAGGGGCUUCAACAAAUCAUUAUCUGCAUAUUUGCUUUCAGUUGUAUCAGCCACAGAUCUAAUUGGACGUAUUGGAGGAUCAGCACUUUCGGACAUGGGAUACAUACCUAAGACCUGGUACUUUGUUGGUGGUUUGUCCAUAUCGGGUCUUUCUCUUGCCCUUCUCCCAUUUGCAUGGACAUACAGUUCAGUAUGCUUUUGGUGUGCACUCUUUGGGUUAGCGUCUGGUAUCUACGUCGGAAUAACUGCAGUCAUCAUGGCAGACAUGCUUGGAACGGAACGCUUGACAUCAUCCUAUGGCAUCAGCCUUUUCGUUAAUGGAUUGUUGCAGUUGGUUGGGCCGCCAUUAUGUAACUACUGGUUCGAGGCAGUCAAUGAUUAUAAUCCCCUCUUCCAUGCCCUAGGCUUAACGCUCCUGGCUGGGGCUAGCCUUUGGAGUUUUAUGCCGUGGAUUAACCGACGCAAAGCCAAGGCGGAAGAGCAACUAGAUGCACAAAUCGAAAAAGCGGCUGUCGAUAGCUACUAAAUGGUCGAUCAACUCUCGUACCAAAUAACGUACAAUAAUAUUUAGAUUUAAGGCUUAAAACAGCGUACAAACAGUGAUGAAGAUAACAGCCAGGACUAAAAGACCAUUAAUAUUUUAUGUAACCUUUGAUUCGUUUCUUCCAGCUGAUUUAUUGUAUUACUGCUUAGUCGUAAUUAGUACGUUGUUAAUUACUACAAUUAUUGUUUGUUUAAUAGCAGUACUAUAAUAUUCUAGACCGCUUAAAAAUAUUAGAAAUGAAUGCAGUGAGAAUUCGUAAAAGUAACGUUUUAUAACUAUUUUUUCAAUAAAUACGUAAAAACAAUAAAAAAUAAGAGAUGCAGUACAGGAAAAAUUGAAAAAAAAGAAUGGCAAAUAAAACAA